AUGCCACGCCCCAAGGUCCAUCCAGCGAGUCGGCUACGAGUGAACACCGCAUGCACUACCUGCCGUGCAUCCAAUAAGCGCUGUAGUGGUUAUUUCCCAUGUACUAAUUGA